GCGGCGGCAGCGGGCAUGGCUGGGGGGCGGCGGGCGGCCCCGCGCUGCGGUUGGGGUUGGGGGGGCGGCUGGAGCUGCUGCCCCCUCCUGUGCCUCCUGCUGUGCUGCGGUGCGGCUGGCAAGCUGGAGGUCUACAUGCCAGCAGUGCUGGAAGUGGAGAUUGGGAGCACAGCUAGGCUGGAAUGCAGCUUCUCCAUCCCUGGAAACGUCUCCUUCACCUCCAUCGAGUGGUUCUAUGUCAACCAUGGUCACUCCAAUCGGGUGAGGCUGUGCGUCCUCACCGCCAGUGGGGCACGGAUAGAUGAGACAGAGUACAGCGAGAGGCUGUCGGUGGGGGAGGACAAGGCCCUGUCCAUCAGCAAGGUGACAAGGCAAGACAACGCCAGGACCUUCAUCUGUCGGGUUGGGGCGGACAGCCAAGGCGUGGGGGAGAACCACACCGAGCUCAGCACCUACAAGAUCCCUGCGCCCCCUGAGAUCACACCCAACUCUGCCGGCAUCCCUGCGCAGAGCAAUGACAUGUCAGAGAUUGCUCAGUGCACGAGCGAGAACAGCUUCCCGUCCCCCAACAUCACCUGGUACAAGAACGGGGAGCCGCUGCUGCAGGAGGAGGACAAGACAAAGAUCCUGACCACGUUGGUCCGCCAGUCGAAUGGGCUGUACACGGUGGUCAGCACACUCUUCAGCAAGGUGACACGGGAGGACCGCAACUCCCUCUUCCACUGCACUGUGCACUACUGGCUGCAGGGACAGAUGCGCACGAAGGACUCUCCGCGGGUGAACGUCACCGUGUUCUACCCCACAGAGCAUGUGGAGCUGCGCCUGGUGAGCAAAUCGGGGGUGGUGAAGGAAGGGGAUGAUGUGAAGUUGGUCUGUGAUGCUGAUGGGAAUCCGGCACCUGUCUUCAGCUUCUACAAGAGAGAGCUGGAGGACAACUGGCAGGAUGUGACCUCGCUGGCGGACACCAACAGUGGGGUGCUGAUGCUGCACGAUGUCAACAAGAACAGCAGCGGUGUGUACAGGUGCCAGACGCUGGACUUGGAUGAUAUGACACAGCACGAAGGGGAUCUGGAGCUGAUGGUGAACUACAUCGAAGGGGUCCAGGUGAAGAUGGAGCCGUCCUCACCCCUUCAUGAAGGGGACAGCGUGAGGCUGAGCUGCAGUGCCCACAGCCCUGUAAUCCUGGACUACCAAUGGAGGGACGCGAGGGGCAGGAAGGUGGCAGAAGGCAACCAGCUCCUCUUGAGCAACCUCACCUUCGAGACCUCCAGCAACUUCAGCUGCAGAGUGCAGGCACGCAGCGUGCCGGGGCUGGAGCAGAGCAAGCAGGUGGCCGUGGCUGUGCAGGGGAAGCCGCGCAUCGUGGCCAUCAGCUCCCCGCUGUACGUGAGGCAGGACGAAGUGAUCAACCUGACCUGCAAGGCCAUCGCCUUCCCCCGGCCCUCCGUCCAGUGGAGCAUCAACGGGACGACCCACGAGUACGUAGAUAACCAGCACAUCGCCAGCAACCUGACGGUGCGUGUGAACCACGACCUGCUGCGGGCAGGAGCCAUGUGCCGGGUGUCCAACGCGCUGGGGGUCAGCGAGAAGCACAUCCAGCUGCUGGAUCAAAAGACCUCAGAGAGCAAAGGCAUCAUCAUCGUGGCCAUCAUCGUCUGCAUCCUCGUGGUGGCCGUGCUGGGCUCCAUCAUUUACUUCCUUCACAAGAAAGGCAAGAUCUCAUGUGGCCGCAGCGGCAAACAGGACAUCACAAAGCCAGAGGCACGUAAAGACAAGAAUGUAGUUGAAGUUAAGUCAGAUAAACUUUCCGAAGAGGCGGGGCUCCUGCAGGGUGCCAACGGCGAGAAGAGGUCGGCUGCUGACCAGAGCGAGAAAUACAUCGAUCUGAGAAAAUAAAGAGAGGGCGAUCUCCGAAGUGCUUUCUUCCUUCGAUCCUUUCCUGCUCUUGGAUGGCCUUAUCCCACCCUGCCCCACACCUGGGGGGCACAGCCAGAGGCAGCGACCCCCCCUGACAGCUCACAGCGGGCUGGCGGGUUGUCGGCUCAGCAGCAGCCUUUGCUUACUGCUACAGAGAAGCCAACAGCAAUACUCACACCCCACUCGGCUACCUACCUGAUGGAAGGGUUGGAGGCUUUUCUUGUUUCUUUUUCUCGAUUUUUUUUUGUUUUGUUUGUUUGUUUUUAAUGGAAAUCUGUACGUGUGUGAGGAGGUUUGGAUGAGUUUUACCCCAAAACUUGGCUCGGAAAAGCUGAUGGGACUUUGCCAGCAGGAUGCCCCAGGCAGCAUACAGGCACGGGGGUGUGCAGCUGGAAGGGGAAGGGCUCUGUUAGGGGAUGGGGAAGAGCUGUGUGAGCCCUUGAUGCAGGGCAGGGCUUUGCUCUCAGACAGGUGCCUGAGCUCUGAGCCUCCCAGGUUUCGGGCUUUGCUGAGCAGGGGAGGGAGGUGGGAUUGCUGCAGGGAGGAUGUGCGGCUGCUGGCGGCACUGGGCUGUGUCUGGGUGUGAACAGAAGGAAUGCGAGGUCAGCGCCAGGCAGCGACGGCUCAGGGUUGGAUUUUUUUUCCUUUCUUUUUUUCUUCAUUUCGUCAUUUUUCCUUCUUUUUUUUCCUUUCCUCCCCCCUCUC